GUUGUUGCUGCCAUAUUGUUAUGGCUGUCGGGACAAAUACUGCGCGGCAGUAGCCGAAUGGGGGAUAGCUGUACUCUGUAGGCCGCAUUUUCUGGAAAAGGCUGCCGAAUAGUCUACAAAUCAUUUGGUUGAAGGUCAGUCAAACUGGCUAAUUGUAUUUCUCACUUUCAAUCAGCAGACUAUCAAGCACCUAUUGUAUGUGUUGUUGUCGCGCUGGGUGAAGAUGAGCCUGGUGUGGCGCCGUGCGGUCUGCGCCACUGCUCGGACAUGUUCAGCGAUGGCUCAGCAUAAGACCCUCUGCACGGCUCGGCCAGCCCUAGUCAAACAGAUCGUCUGCGCCGAGGAGGGCAAUGUGACCGUCAUCCAGGGCCGAGUCAUGCCCUCGCCGCGCGAGAAUCGUGUGGUACAAACGGGUGGAGGCACAUGUGCUUGUCCACUCUGCCAGCUCCACCUGGACAUCAAACACACGGACGUUCUCAUCCUGAGCCAGUUCCUGCGCUCGGACGGCUGUCUGCUGCCGCGGCGCGUCUCGGGCGUGUGUCGGCUGCAGCAGCGGCGCGUUCAGCAGCUGGUGGCCAUGGCCCAGAAGGCAGGUCUGAUGCCCAACCUAGCGCCUAGUUCGAGCAAACGGGACCCUAGACGCCGGUUUGGUUUUAAGAAAUUUAACAAGUACUACGAUGAGUCGACUAUCCGGGACGUUCAGCCUUUCUCCAGCGCCAUGUCUGCGCGUUGACUGCCAGCUGCCGGCUCCCAGCCCUGAGGCCGCUCACGGCGCUCGCCAGCCGAGGGAGCGCGUGGCCGGCGCAGCUGCAGUGGCCCCGUGUCCAAGUGUGUGCGACCAUUUGUGUCUGUGUGAAUAAAUUGUGAUCCCUGUUU